AGAGCGGUCGCGCGCGUGUUACGUGCCAGUGGAGCACGGCGGUCGUCGCGUGGACGAUCAACUGUCAAACUUGACGCGUGUCGCUCCGACUACUCCGGUGAAUCCUAUUUCCAACCGGUGACUCGUCCGAUUCGCAAAGUUGGAAUUAAGUGAUCGGUGAUUCUUUCCGCGAAUUUCUGUCGCGGAAUUCCCACGAGCGAUCUUCGGGAAAUUUUCUCAUUCUCGUAAGAUGCGCGUGGUCGAGUGGCUCGUACCGUGCGGACGUCCGUUAUACUGCCGCGAGUGAUUCAUAGAAAAAUUCCGCGUCUAAGGGGGGAAAACUAUAUAGUCCAUAGAGUUCAACUUUUUUUUUUCUCGUGUGUAUAAAGUGAUACGUACGCGCGCGAACACACACGCGGACACAACGCGCGAUGACCGAGCUCGCCGAGGAGGCGUUCACCUCGCGCAACUACCACCUGGCGGUCGAGCUGUACGAGCGAUGCCUGAAACAGCAGGGACCGACGUGCGAGGUGCUGCUCGGUUACGGCGAUUCUCUGACCAAGUGCGGCCGCGUAAAGGAGUCCAUCGGGAUCUACUCCAGGUGUUUGGCCACGACCUCCGUGCCGAUGGAGAGACUCAAGCAUCUGGCGAGCGCGCUUCUCGAGGAUGUGGUCGGUACCGGGACGACCUCCCGACGGAGAACCGAGACGUCCUUCGCGUGUCCGCUGUGCGAAGGCACCCUAUGCCAGCCGGUGACCGCCGGUUGCGGUCAUACGUACUGCAGGAACUGCGCGGACUCGGCGAAGAGCUGUCGGGUGUGCGGGGCGAAGAUCGUUUCCGCGGGUGAGACAAACGUGCUCGUGCAGAGACUCGUGGAAAGAUGGUGGCCACGCGAAUUGGAGGCCAGUCGGGCCAGACACGAGGGUGAUAUCCUCCUGAGAAAGGGUCACCUGGGUCAGGCGCUCGAGAGAUACAACCUGGCGGUUCAUCUCGCACCGAAUAGUCCGCUGCAUCUUAGCAACAGGGCUCACGUAUUGCUCCUGUUGAACAGGCCUUCAGCCGCUCUCACGGACGCUGAUCAUGCAGUUAGAUUGCGGCCAGACUGGGGCAAGGGACACUAUAGAAGAGGAAUCGCUUUGUCGGCGCUCGGAAGACACGAGGAGGCGCUCUACGCCCUUUGCAUGAGCGUGGCGAUUGACAAAAAUCCGCAAGCUGUGCGUCACGAGUUGACCAAGAUCCUGCACAGAGUGCUGUCACCUGGGGUUCGUCGACAGAAUGUCCUGUCGUCACGCACGUCGUACAAUCUAACGAAGAGCGCGUCACGCACGAGAAACCGUCACCAGUUAAUGAAUCCCAAGCGUAGCCGACGCUCCACCCCGAACAGGUCCGAUUGCGAGGACAAUAGCAGCGACGAAGAAGAAUUCAGUCAGACGAUAAAUAGAAGACUCCGAUCCUCGAUCGCGCCGCACGUCAACACGAAGUUACAAGCGAGUCUGGAUCGUCUCUACCAAGAUCUGGAGAAACUGAGAAGUAAGUUUUUGCGUAUUCCGACGUACGAGCGUCUGUUUUAUAUUCCUGAAAAAAAAAACAUAUCUCGUGAGACGACGUCGUUUGCAGGAGUUGAACUGAGGCCCGCCGAAAUCCUCCUGCCGCCUCUUUCCGGCGGCGCUGCCGGAGAAUUGGAUUGCAUUCUGUGUUGCCGCCUGCUCUGGAAACCCGUCACGACACCGUGCGGUCACACCUACUGCUGGAUGUGCUUGGACCGUUGCCUGGAUUAUUCCUCCGCGUGUCCUCUGUGCGUCACGUCUCUGGCUGACUAUCUAGCCAGUAGUCAGAAAAUCGUGACGGACUUUGUGGAGAGAGCGCUGAAAAUCGUUGCGCCCGCAGAAUAUACCUCCAGAGCGGUGAGUCACCAACUCGAACUGGUCCAGGGACUGGGUCUUCUCGGUAACGAGCAGAUUGCCGUCUUCAUCUGUACGACCGCCUUUCCCUGCGUCGCCUGUCCCCUCUUCGUCUACGAGCCUAGGUACAGGCUGAUGGUCAGAAGAUGCGUGGAGAGCGGAGUGCGUCAGUUCGGAAUCGCCGCGUGUCUCAACAAGGAGGCGACCGGCACUAAAAGAUACGCGGAAUACGGCACCAUUCUCGACAUUCGAGAUCGAGUAUUGCUCAAAGACGGGUGUAGUAUUCUCAGCACGGUCGGCGGUAGAAGAUUCAGGGUGCUUUCCGGCGGGGAAAAAGAUGGCUACGACACGGCGCAAGUGGAAUUUCUCAGGGACACGGUCGUGCAGGAGGAUCAGUUAUUGAAUCUCCUGGAGCUUCACGAUAAGGUACGAGCCAAGGGCCGAAGAUGGUGGGACACCGUGCCGAGUUCUCAGAAAUCCGAGAUCCAACGUGUAUUCGGACGCAUGCCGGACACUGAAGAGGACUGGACGCGUCUGCCGGACGGUCCCGCGUGGGCGUGGUGGCUGCUCGCGAUCCUGCCGUUGGGGCCGCAGCUGCAGGUAGGCAUUCUGGGCACCACCAGUCUGGAAAAGCGACUGCGAGCCAUCGAGAAAACCCUCGACCAUAUGGAGCAGAGGCAGUUGACCGUCGCGGCCGCUCUUUCCGAACAGACGACGACGUCGUCGAGCAUCUGCAGGGACGGUCGAGCGAUCACGGAGACCGCGAUGUCGGUCGUUCAGCAAUCGUAGAGAGCAACGAUACGACUCUCGACACUUCGGAAGCAACCGAUGUCGUUCUGUGGCCUGGAGAAAUAGGACCGCAAAUUUUUUUUGUACUUCACAAUGAAAGAAGGUUCGAUAGCAAUCUUGAAUAUUAGAGUUGACUGUUUUGAAAAAAAAAUCCUAAAAAACUAAUUUCUUGAGAAAAUCGAUUAAGACACACACACACGUACACUCACACUCACACAAUAUGACUAUAUAAAAAAUAAAUACAAUAAAAAUAUACAAAAUACAGAGAUUUUCCCAGCGAUUGCGAAUCUUGAAAUCUGCAUUUACUUCAAUUCUUAUAUUCUCAAUAUCUUAUUGCAUUCUGAGCGCGAGACACGAAUUUUCUCUACAUCCAAGUCACAGGAGGACAUUCUUGUCUGUUUACGCUGUCACAAUUGGCCGAAUCUUUUCUAUAUGUAUAUGUCGAUCUCCCGUUCGUCGCCGGCGCGACGUAAUUUUUCGAUUGACCCUUCGACUUCACUCGACGUACAAAGUACCUAGUAGGACACGUAAAAACUCUUGAAAUGCCGCGUAAGAAAAAUGGGUCGAUCGAUCGGCAAACGCUGUCUCUCCCAAUUUCGCCGGAAAUUUUGAGCGUUUCUUCUUCUCUCUUUGUAGAUCUAAUAAGGAAACGUUUAAACGUGUCUCUCGUCGAUUUGAAUGAGUUUCGGGUGAAGUUUUGAAUUUUCAAUCUCCAAACGCGAAUUAAGCAAUCAAUAUUUCAUCGGCAAAUAAUUUAGAAUAUAUAUUUUUUAUUUUUAUCUCGUAUUUAAUAAAUACUUUGUUAAUAAAUCUAAACCAAAAACUAGACUUACUGUUACAAACUACACUUAUAUACAAAGCAAAUGUCUAGCAGAUUUUAUUGUGAGCUAUUUCACAACAGCAUAUUCGAAAUAUGUCGAAUUUGAGAGAGACACUUUUAACGUGUUUUUUUUAUAUGUUAAGUUCCAACCUCUCCGAGCAUCGUGCUCGUUAAACUUUCUGCAGGACACCUUAUCGAAAGAACAAUAAAAGUAACGAUAAAACUUCUCAAAUGUGCCGAAAAUAAUAUUCAUUAUUUUUUAGUUUUACAACUUGAAAUUUGUGUUAACACUUUUUUUACUACAGUAAAUACAUCUUUUUUAUUACAGUAAUACAUCUAUGGAAUGUAGAAACUUAUAUGAAAAAUUAUAUAAACAUUAUUGGCGCACGUAAUUUGUCUCAUCAACAUUUCUCCGGAAUUAGAAUUGAUUUCGGCCGGAAAUAAUUAAUUACGACAACAUAUCUUAGAACAAUCGAACAUGUUUUUCGAUAAGGCGUUCCGAUCCUUUUUGCGCUGUUGCAAUACGCAAAUCUGUUCUUCCAAAAUAUUAUAUAAAAAUAUAUAUUAUGUAUACCUACAUAUAUAUAUAUAUAUGUAUACACACAUAUUUAUGUAUACACAUUCGAAAUACGCGUAUACGUGACAAUCGGAAGCAAGUCUCGUCCCGUUUUAAAGCGAGUUUACAAUAUAAACCUUUUUGUGUCUCACACAUAACGCGGAAAUACUUAAAAACCUACGUAAGCGUCUUAUUUGUAAUAUAGAAAAAAA